CUCCUCCUACAGCGACAGUGAACGGGCAGGACGGGUCAGCUCUGUGUUUACGCUGAGAUGCUCAUAACAAAGGACAGCACACCGCGGAAAGCCUGUCAUUUAAAACAAACCACCGUGGAUAUUUUUCUUUUACGGUGACCGUUUGUAACUCCAGGAAAAGGAGGACGCGUAACACAAGCCCUUUACUGUCGUCCAUUUUUUCUACGUUUUAUUCUUCUUUUUUCCCUUUGGUAAACCAUCCUAGAGAGGGGAGAAAUUAAACCGAAAUUUCCUUUUUAUUUUUUUUGUGCCGGUGGAGCGUUAGCUAGCUUGCUAGCCUCAGCAAGUUGGGAAAGCCAGUCAGCACCGUACCACAGUCAGCCACAACGACCAGAGACAAUAAAAGGACUUCAUCAUUUAUAUCGCAGGCAGGGCAGCGCUGCGAGAGACGGACACAUGAAGCAUGAGAGGGUGGAGUUGAGGCUCAGCUGACCCUUCCCCUUCCUUCUCCUUUCCCCGUGCUCCAUUCGAUCAGCACCUCCCCCCUCCCUUUCCCUCCUCUCCCCUUCCUGUCUCUUGUCGCCCUGUUGGAUCUCACCCAUCUCGCCUACCCCUCCUCCUUCAAACCUCAAUCAGCCGUGCCCAAUGUACUCCCCGGAGCAGGAAAACAUCUCCACCACCGCCUCCACCAAAGUGCCAGUGAAGUAUGGAGAGCUCAUUGUGCUGGGGUACAAUGGCUCUUUGCCCAAUGGGGACCGAGGUCGACGUAAAAGCCGUUUUGCACUUUGUAAGAGACCGAAGGCAAACGGGGUGAAACCCAGCACAGUUCACGUCGCCUGCUCUCCACAGGCAGCCAAGGCCAUAAGCAACAAAGACCAGCACAGCAUCUCAUACACUCUGUCUCGAGCCCAGACGGUGGUGGUGGAGUACACCCAUGACAGCAAUACAGACAUGUUCCAGAUCGGUCGAUCGACAGAGAGUCCCAUAGAUUUUGUAGUGACGGACACAGUGGCGGGCAGCCAGAGUAACGCAGACACCCAGUCGGUUCAGAGCACCAUCUCCCGCUUCGCCUGCCGCAUCAUGUGCCAGCGCACGCCGCCUUACACCGCACGCAUCUAUGCCGCAGGCUUCGAUUCCUCCAAGAACAUCUUCCUAGGGGAGAAAGCUGCUAAGUGGAAGACAUCUGAUGGUCAAAUGGAUGGGCUGACCACAAACGGCGUGCUGGUGAUGCACCCUCGAAACGGCUUCACCCAGGACUCCAAACCGGGCGUCUGGAGGGAGAUCUCAGUCUGCGGCAACGUCUUCACCCUGCGAGAAACACGCUCAGCACAGCAGCGGGGAAAGAUGGUGGAGACUGAGACUCAGGAGCUUGUCGACGGCUCACUCAUCGACCUCUGUGGUGCGACUCUGCUGUGGCGCACAGCUGAAGGCCUGGCACGCACUCCCACCCUCAAGCACCUCGAGGCACUACGGCAGGAGAUCAACGCGGCCCGCCCACAGUGUCCCGUGGGCUUCAACACCCUGGCCUUCCCCUCGAUGCGUCGUAAGGACACGCCGGAUGAGAAGCAGCCGUGGGUCUACCUCCAGUGCGGCCACGUGCACGGCUACCACAACUGGGGCAACCACCGUGAGGAGAGGGAGGGCCGGGAGGGCCGGCACAGGGAGUGUCCCAUGUGCCGAGCCAGAGGGCCGUACGUGCCGCUGUGGCUGGGCUGCGAGGCGGGCUUUUAUGUGGACGCCGCCCCACCCACUCACGCCUUUAACCCCUGCGGCCACGUUUGUUCAGAGAAGACGGCAGCCUUCUGGAGUCAGAUCCCAUUGCCGCACGGCACACACACCUUCCACGCCGCCUGCCCCUUCUGUGCCCAACAGCUGACUGGCGAGCAGGGCUACGUCAGACUCAUCUUCCAGGGACCCCUCGACUAGCACGGGCCACUUCUCACCAGAGUGAGGCAGAACAGGGAGUUUUUUGUUUGGACGCUGACCCUGCAUUGAAAACAGGGAUCUACCCAGAUUUGUUCUCUUUCCUCUACAGUUAAGACAAAAACUUUUUUCUGGACUUUUUGUCUCUUUCUCAUUUUUAAGUGACCUUUGUAUUGCUUUUUCAUGAAUGACAACAAAGAUUUCUAUAUUUUCAUGUGAAACCAGAGACACAAAAACCAAACAAAGAACACUGCUGGGUAAACUUUUUGUGUUUGUUUCUCGGAAAGAACUUUUAACAACAGUAUUUAUCUAAAUUACUAACAUACCGUAGUGCAAACAUACGGUUUUUAUUCAUGUUUAUUGUUGCAAUAUACAUCUGUGUACAUCUCUUAGAGCUAAUUUAAACAAAGAUGUUUAUUUAUGGCCCAGGAUCCAUUGCUUCAUUUUAUUUCUGUCAGAUAUGCCUAACUUCAAUACUAUUUAGCAUUUUAAUUUGAAAAUACAGUAUAUUGUUAAUCAGAUAUAAAGUUCUAAGUGUGUUCUGAGGGUUUCGUUCUGUGUCCCUCCCCCAUGUCCACCUCUCAGAUCCGUUUGUCGUAUUUAUACACCCCGUCCUCUGGCGUGCUCUCUCUUUGUGUGUUGACCCUUCAGUUGUACCUCUCUCUCAUUAGGCAUCACCACGGCCUUCUCACAUUCAAAGCAAUAGAUUUGGAACAGAAACCUCCUUAAGCAUUAUGGGAAGCUAAGUCUUCCAGGCGUCUUUGUAAACACAGCCUGAAUGACCGCUCCCUCCCUUUAAAGUCCGAGUGAAAUGUUUCUGUGGGUGAGUGAUUUAUUUAUUUUUUUUCCUUAUCAGAGGUUAGCCAUGAUAACGCAGCAAUGUAGCUAAUGUUACACAUCAUGCACACACACACACACACACACACACACAGACAGACACACACACUCUAACCAGACCUGGUCAAAUACUUUUUAUUAUAUUAAAAAUGGAAAGCAUCUUGCUCAUAGAAGGUCAUGGUACAGAAAUACAAAUACAGAUGGUAUUAAAAUGACAGAAAGUGCAGCAGGCCAGCGUGGACAGUCUGGUUUAUUCUGCUUCCCUGCUGUGAUGUUUGGGACUUACCUGCAGACUUAAAUCAGUGAUUAUUUUGCCAGAUACAGUAUUAUGAUCGGGAUUAGUCUCAGUUAUUCAUGCUCAGAUGCUGGCAUCUUACAGCAUCCUGACUGCUUCAAAUCAAGACAGACGAUGAAGUAAAAUGUUGACUUACCAGUAUUGUAAAAUGCUCAGUGUAAGUAAUAAUGCUGCAUUUGAAUCUGAGAUUCACUGCACGAUUUCAGGCAGGAUUUGAAACACUAGCCAUGAUUUGUUUAGCCAUACUUACAAGGACGCACAGGAGGAGCUGAGACAUUUUAAAAUAAUUUCAUUGUGCUUCUCUUUCUUUCGCCUGAAUUGUCACAGUGCAGGAAGCCCCCGUCCAUCCGAUACAUCAAGCAAGUGACUAAAUACACCUAAGAAAAAGACAACAGUAGCUGUUUGACUCAGGUUUGACACACGCAAUCAUAUGCAUGGCUUCAAGUUACAAAACUCUCUUUAUACUCUCUCUAUCUCUCUGUGUGUCCAUACUUAUCAGGGCUGUGUAUUAAUUUGUGCUUUCCAGCCACUUCAUUGAAGUCAUCCCCAAAGGGGGGUGACGGGCUCCACAACAUGAGAACAAAAUAUCAGGGUUGGCUGUUCUUUAUUUUACCUUUUUUGUGGCUGAAAAUUAAGAUGAGAACUGUAAUUUUUCUAUAUUCCAGUAACUGUCACAAGGGCUAAAUGAUCAAUUGUUUUUGUAUUAAAAUCACAAUUUAAAAGAGUGCAGUUAACAGUUUGUUAACAAGCUGUAGGGGUAGUUUAAUUGGCAGCUGCUUCAGCAGUUACACUGACACAUUGUUGGCAGUAGUUAGGGAGAAAUCUGGUAGUGUGUGUGUGUAUAUAACAAAAAUAAAGGCCCGCAGUUUAAUUCAAAUGAAUUUUGUGAGGUGGCUAAAUAACCAAAACAAACUCUACUGUUUGUUUAAUGUGGUCUCUUCAUGCAUUUGCUUGUUAUUUAGAUUCUCCCAAAUAAGUUGGUCAGACAAAAGUCAACUUCUAAGUAAACUUGGUUAAUUUUUUUUAAAAAAGUGACUAGUGUAGCCCAUAUUAGGCCUGAAUGAAUCAUCAUUGUUAUAUCACAGUAACUAUGGUUGUAGUUGUUUAUAUUUGGUAAAGUUUUGGGGCAUUUUAUGCCUUUGACAGGAGACGGACAUUCAGCAAAGUUCCCUGACCAGACACAGACAGAGACACUGCAGAUCACUGCCUCAACUUCAAAUCCUGCACACCCACAUGAUGUAUCUUUUACAUUUAACACAUUUAGAAAUAUAAAACAAGACGUUGCAGUUUAACAAGCAGGCAGCUGUACAGUUUGGAUUUAAAUUUAUUGUCGAUCCAGCAGCUAGCUUAGCCUCAGCAACUGCACAUAGUUCUCUAAAAGUCCAGACCACAGAAGCCAACCCCCAAAUGUCAAAGUAAUGGAGCGUUGCUGGGAUUGGGACCUGUAAAGUAAAUUACUUUCAAAUUGCCAUCUCUUACACUGUUCAUUAUUGAAACUGCCCAUGACAAACUGGACAAACUCCAUCUGCUGAGGAAGAUCAUGUGAUAUAAAGUUUGAGAACAGCUACUAAAUGGACCUUGUUGUUCGACUGUUAGAAGGACACAGUCCUGAUAUUUUGUAGACUGAGAGAAAGCACAAAUUCUCUCUCUUGCCGCAUAUCCACAACACAUCCUGCUGGUGUCGCUGUAACUCAUCCACUUUACUCCUGCAGCUACAGUCACCAGUGACGACGAGACACACACUCAUACUGUAGAAAUUUUCCAACAGUGAAGCAGCUUUAUUGGUCAGAGUCACUUCCAAACUCUCUGCAACUCAUAUCAUUCAUAUACACAGCUUCUGCAGGUACCCUUAGUGUAUGUGUGAGGUGUGUGUGUGUGUGUGUGUGUGUGUGUGUGUGAGCAAGAUUGUAAUUUAUGUGUUUGUGAUGAUUGUAUGUGCACAGUGUUCAUCUGUCCACACAGUAGUCCUUCCACACACAGAUAAUUUUCAUCAGUAUCCCCCCAGUGCUCGGACUGCAACACCCUAACUCACCUCAGGGAAAAAAAUAAUGACCUGUGUCACACCCACACACACACACACACACACACACACACACUGAAAGAGUCUUCUGAGGAUACCUCAUAAAUUAAAAAAUCUAUUCUGGAUUUAAAGUUUUGUGUCUUUCCUCCCCUUCACCCAGUCUUGCUUUUGGUUUUUCUUCUGUGGACUCUGAGGCACCGUGUCUCUCUCUGUGGAUAAAGUGUGUGAGUAAGUAAGGGCUUCACUUUGUCUCUGUACUGUUACCACAACCUUGUUCUUACACAGACAUGUGUCCGUCAGUGCGUCCCCCACUCACUCUUAUUCUUCCUGUCAUGUCCGGUGUCUCCUUGUGCUUACUAAGGCAAAAGCAAAGAAUGUUUCCAGCAAACACUUUUUUGUAACAACUUCAAACAAUAAAGUGUAAAAGUGA